AAUUGUCAUCAGUCUCCUUAGAACACUCACUGUAUUCGCACUAGUACUGUGAAAUUUCUUGUGAAUUUGAACAAAAGAUGAAUUCGUUCUGCUUAUUCGUUUUUGUUGCUUGUGUUUUGUUUGCUUCCGUUUCGGCAAAUGAAAUCCUAGUUAGACAAAUUCGAUCGUGUCAAAAGCAAUUCCCCAAAAGCGAAUCGAGGACUCUUCCCGAUUUUGAUUUGGACCUAUUGACCAAAGACGAUAAAUGUUACCUGAAUUGUAUAAUGACGGUACAGAAAGUUAUCUGGAAUGGUGGUUUUAAUGUUGAUGCAUUGGAGUUCACUGUCAAUAAUCCGAAGAUUGCCGACAAAUUUCGUAAACAAUGUGGACCGAUUCGACACACUGACAAAUGUGAAUAUGCCGCCAGAUUGCAAAAAUGCAUUGAAAUUGUAAUCAGGAAAACACCGACUUCACAUUUCCCAACAUUAGAUUAAAAUUAGCCAUAAACAUUACUUCAUGCUCAGAUCUGCAAUCGAUACCAAAUAAAAAAGUGAACCAUGUUUCAAAGUAAACUUAACUGCAUUUUUUU